GCGCUGUAGCUUAAGAGUGAGCUUUGUAUGCAGAGAAGAGGUUAAUUUCCGCAGAAGAAGCGAUCUCUCGAGAGAAAGAAAGAUGUAUGACUAAAGUGUGGUCACUAAGCUAAGUUUAAGAGAGAUAAGAUAAACAGAAAGAAGAAGAAAAAGACUGAAACUAAUUCCUCUCUCGGUACCAAGCCAACGAGUGAAGCUCCUCCCACAGGAAUCACAUCAUCAGUGAAGCUCCUCCCACAUGAAUCACAUCAUCAUUGAAGCUCCUCCCACAGUAGUUCACCAAUAAAUGCUGGAACAUCUCAUCAGUUCAGAAGAGAAGACGAGCAUCAAAUCACCAGAAGAGCUGAAAUCUGUAAAGUCUGAGUUUAUUAAAGAGGACAGCGAGAAGAUGAGAGAUCAAGAAGCCUCAACCCUCAGAAUCAAACACACUGAAGAUACUGAACAAACAGAGCUGAUUGAAGAGAACCAGGAGAGUGAAGAAUUGAGUGAAGUUGAGGAGAAAAAUCAUGUCAAAACCAGAGAAAAACUUCUGAGUUGCUCUCAAACCAAACAGAAAGAUUUAAAGAAAAGAAGAGCCAAGAAAUCUUUCACCUGCACUCAGUGUCCAAAGAGUUUCACAAGCAAAUCUAAUCUUGAUAUUCACAUGAGAGUUCACACUAGAGAGAGACCAUACACAUGUGAUCAGUGCGGCAAGAGUUUCACACAAUCAGCAACACUUAAGGGUCACAUGAACAUCCACACUGGAGAGAAACCGUACACGUGUGAUCAAUGUGGGAAGUGUUUCACACAAUCAGCAACACUUAAGAGUCACAUGAACAGCCACACAAGAGAGAAACUGUACUCAUGUGAUCAGUGUGGGAAGUGUUUCACACAAUCAUCAAACCUUAAGAAACACAUGAACAUCCACACUGGAGAGAAACCGUACACUUGUGAUCAGUGUGGGAAGUGUUUCACACAAUCAGCACACCUUAAGAAACACAUGAACAUCCAUACUGGAGAGAAACUGUACACGUGUGAUCAGUGUGGGAAGAGUUUCACACAAUCAGCACACCUUAAGGGUCACAUGAACAUCCACACUGGAGAGAAACCGUACACUUGUGAUCAGUGCGGGAAGAGUUUCACACAAUCAGCACACCUUAAUGGUCACAUGAACAUCCACACUGGAGAGAAACCGUACACGUGUGAUCAAUGUGGGAAGUGUUUCACACAAUCAGCAACACUUAAGAGUCACAUGAACAGCCACACAAGAGAGAAACUGUACUCAUGUGAUCAGUGCGGGCAAACAUUUUUGAGGGCUUCAGUCCUAAAGCAGCACCUGAGAGUUCAUACACAGGAGAAGCCAUAUUCGUGUGAUUUGUGUGGAAAGAGUUUUACAUUGCUACAAAGUUUGAAACAACAUCAGAAACUUCAUACUGGUGUGAGAGAGUACAUGUGCUUUGAGUGUGAAAAGACUUUUAUUACAGCGACCAGUUUAAAACAGCAUGAGAUUACUCACACUGGAGAAAAACCUUACAAGUGUUCACACUGUGACAAGAGAUUCAGUCGGUCAGGAAACCUGAAAACACAUGAGAGGAUCCACACUGGAGAAAAACCUUACAAGUGUUCACACUGUGACAAGAGAUUCACUCAUGCAGUAAGUCUGAAAAUACACGAGAGGAUCCACACUGGAGAGAAACCGUAUCACUGCACUGCAUGUGGGAAGUGUUUCAGUCGUUUAUUUUCUCUACACAGUCAUACAAAAACCAUUCACAGCUCAAUCAGGGGCGUCACACCCGUGGGGGAUGUGGGUGUUUUAACACCCACACUUUUCCCGGUGGUAAGGAUUGUCGUGCAGAUGCAGCUGCGCUGUAGGAUGGAGGCAGUGGUGGUGGCUGAAUCUGGUGCUGCUGUGGCAUUUCUCUAAAGGUGUGAAGCCAGGAGUCCAGAUCAAAGUCUAAGGGAAUAAAGAGAAGAAUUCUGAGUAAUAUGAUCUGUUCUUUUAUCUUCACAUGCUACAGAACUAUAAUUUUAGUUCAUUCCUAAAUGACAUUGAAAUGUAUUUCUCUGCGUUCUGCUGCUUCAUGCCUGUUAUUUAAUACAAAUAAAAAUUUCUAUGUUCUUUUGACUUAUCUUUUUGUUUGUUUUUCCACUUUUUAUAACCUCUUAAUUUGUUUCCACGUUUCCAAACUCUCUUUUACGUUAUUCAGGGCUGUUAUGCUAAAUGUACAUUUUAUUUUUGGGAACACCAUGAUUCUAAAUCCAGGGUAUGACUUCUACAAUUAUUUUCCCAUAUUUCUUUUUCAUUUCAUUGCUAAUUGGACUGUCCAACACAUCAAGAUCGAUCUUAGAUGCGACAAUCCCAGACCCCAUUUUUGCCAUCCAAGCCUUUACCUGGAACGUGUCCUCUUUCCCUCCAACCCGUUCUCAUUAAUCUUGUUACUGCUACAUUUUCGUUUCUAUUCAUUCUCUGUAUUUUUAUUAUUAUUACCGUUAAGUGCCACUAGGGGC